AUGUUAGGUUUGGUUGAAACAAAAUUGCAAGUUGUGACUAAAUUUGAUGUAGUACGUAUUUGGGAAAGUGAUGCAGUGGGUUGGGAUUUUGUAGAAUUGGAAGGCACGUCUGGGGGCCUGUUGUUAAUGUGGGAUGAGAUGCUGUUUAGAAUGAGUAACUGCUACAAAGGAGAGGGGUGGUUAUGUGUUGAGGGAGUUUUAAUGAAAAAUGAGUUCCAUUGUGCUUUCUGUUUGGUUUAUGGUCCUCAUACGAGAGUGGAAAAACUUGCUGUAUGGGAGGAACUGAGCUUUAUAGCUGGCUUAUGUCAAGUCCCGAUAUGCUACAUGGGUGAUUUUAAUGAGGUGUUACAGGUUGAUGAGAGGAAAAAUCAGGACAAGUUAACAACGUCUGCAGAGGAAUUCAAGAGUUGGAUCCAAGAUAUGCAAUUAGUGGACUUACCGCUGAAUGAUCGUAAAUUUACAUGGUAUAGAGAUGGCUCCUAUAGUCGUAUUGACAGAGUACUAGUGAGUGUAGAAUGGACUGAGGAGUUCCCAGAAAUUCGCUUAAAAGGUGGUCCGAGAGGCCUGUCAAAUCACUGCCCAAUAAUAGUUGAAGAUACCAAGUACAGAGGUGGCCCGUAUCCGUUUCGAACUCUACACUCCUGGUUUACACAUGAAAGAUUCCUAAGAAUGGUCAAAGAGGAAUGA